AUGGGCCGCGCAGGGGUGUUUGCGCGCUCUCUUCAGUCUCAGACAGGAAAUGGAGGAGUUCCUCAGGGCAGUUUGCCCAGCGGAGUCUCCCGGGUAACUGCACAGACAGGCUAUUCAAGGCUUGCGGCCUCUAGCCGGCGCGGAAAGACAGAGACGGCGUCUUUGGAAGCGGCAGCAGUAAAGGCCGCAUCCACAGCGGAAGAAGCAGGUACUGGGGCUAGCCACGCCACGGGAGUGUUCUCUCCCAGUCCGGCUCCAAGCGCUGCUGAGGAGAUAGAAGCCGCUUUUCGGGAGGUCAUAGCUGCUACCGCUACUGCUCUAGCUCCUCGAUCGGCGAAUGGCGGCGGCUGUACCACCAGCAGCGGCAACAGUUCUCUAUCUGUGUGGCCGGAGGGCAGUACUCCCGAUGCGGUGGAGACAGCCCGCGUCUCUUUCCUAACGAAAGUGGCGAACGCGUUCGGCCUAAGGGACGCCUCAGAGGCCAAAGGCGUGGUGUACGUACACCGCAGCGGCAACGGCGGCAGGGGGAAGCUGCUGGUCGACCGGCCACUGCUCUUGCGUCUUCGGGGGCAGCAACAGAAAGGCAGCUGGUCCUUGAACUUUCUCGGCACAGGGGCGAUGCAGGCUUCGGCAACUCGAGGGACCUCUUGCGUUCUCUUUUCACGUGGGGAUGGAUCGGCUUGGCUUUUCGACUGCGGGGGAGGGCCCUCACCUACCCAUGCUGCUUCUGUUUCGCGGAGAGAGUCGGCAACGGACACCGUUGCUGUAGAAGAAGGGCACGCAGGAGGGCUUGGCAGCAGGCUGCAUCGGGCAGUAGCUCUUGCUCUCGCUGCUGAGACCAUCGCGAAAAGAACGCCUGCUGCUGCUGCUGCUGCCCAACAGCGGCAGCAGCAGGAAACCAGGAGGGGCUGCAGGUCCUGUGUGUGCAUGUUCGUGUGUGUUUCUGCAGAGGCGCAUGGGGGUAGUGCAGCGAGUGUUUGUAACCCAUCUGCACGGUGACCACUGCCUUGGUCUUCCCGCCUUUCUCUCCCAAAUCGCUCAGGACCCCGAGGAGGAACAAGUGCACGUCGGCUACCUUCCUUCUCCGUCGUGGAGUUGCGGGGCAUUCCGCAUCUGCACCAUAGGCGAUCGCGGCUCCUGCGCCUCCCCACGCUGCCCCUGGCUCCCUCGGAGGUUUCUGGGAGAGCCGAUAUUGAGCCGAACGCGGACGGGAGCUACACGGUUUUCGAGGAUGCGGGAAUCGUUGUUACAGCGGCACCAAUAAGGCAUCUGGUGCCAUGCGUCGGGUACGUCUUGGCGGAAAAGGGGGGCAGGCCUCGACUUAGAGCUGAACUACUGGAUCCCCUUAUUGCCAAGAAUGCUCAGCGACUUGCGGAUACAAAGGAGUGGCCGCAGCUGCGAGGCGAGCCCAAGGCCGUGUACAAGCUUCUGUCGGAAUUGAAAAAUGACGAGACGUUCAGUUUUCCCGAUGGAACACUCGUGGGCUCGAAAGACAUAUUCUUGCAUGCCGCUCACCCCCGGAAGAUCUGCUUCGCCUUUGACACCUGCGACCCCUCACGGUUGUUGCCCUUUGCACAGGGUGCCGAUAUCGUGGUGCACGAAGCCACAAUGAGUGGUACCAAGGGAACUUCGAGCAAAUCAGAGACGUUUUUAGAUCCGUUGUUACCUAUGGUUCAACCUAGCUCAGCGCAAGAAGCCGUUCCGGCCUGUGGCUACGGGGAACAGGACUCGCGCAGCACCACAGACCUUAUGGGUCGGCAGGUGAAGACAGCGAGUGAAGCUGCUUUCGAGCGAGGCCAUUCCUCUGCUGCUAUGGCUGGCAGCUUCGCUGCCCGUGUGGGUGCAUCUCGUUUGCUACUGACGCACUUUUCCCAGCGCUACCGUGGGGAUCCUGCCUUACGAAGCGUGUUGACUAUGGAGUGCGUUGAAAACGAAGCCAGGCGCGCCUACGAGAUAGAGCAGCAGCUGCAAGGCGCCGAUGCCCCGAUGCCUUCCCGCUUACUAGUGACAGCAGCGUGGGACGGCCUUUCAGUGGUGCUUCCUCAGAGGUCGAAUCCACCAGCUGCUCCUAAUGCUACCCAAACGACUUGA